UUUCCAUAUCCCUACUGCAAGUCUUUCUUCUGUUCUGCAUGCUCUAGCUGUUAGCUUCAGCUUAAGACAAAUAGGGAGUUAACAGAGUCCAAGAGAAGAGGAAAACCUCAUUUUCCCAGCAGUCUUCUCCUCCCAGAAGAUGUCAGCAUGGAGCCCAAGCCGCCUUUUUUCCUGGGGCAAAAGUGUGGAUGCCACCCAUGCAUCCAAAAGGCUCCCUGACUAUUAAAACCAAAUGUGAAUGCCUGAGAAAUAGUUUCCCCUUUCUUCCCUGCUGUCCCUGUAUGUUGCUGUGAAGCUGGGAGGUGUAACGCACGCCCGGAAUGCUGUUUGGGUGAGCAGAUGUUUGGCUGUGACAGCAGCCAGAGAUUGCUCUAAGCUCUUUUCCAUCUAUAGAGCAUUUCAGAUCAGUCUGCAGCUGAGAUAAGCGGCAUGGUGAUAGGCGAAGACCCUGAUAAGAGCUAGCAUGGAAGUAAACAGCGGGAAUGUGUUUUUGUUUUUGGAAAAAUUGUCUCCAGCCAGCAGCCUUUUCCACAGGGGGCUUUUAAAAAGCCGGGAAAAUACUUUUAAAAUAUGCCGUGAAUAAAUUGGUUCUGGUCAUACUACUGAAUAAAUAGUGACUCCAUGGCCCAGGCAGGAGUGGCUUCCCUCCUAGGUCUGCUAAGUAUCCAAGAUGACAAUCGCAGGUGCAUUCACACAUUUUUCAAAUGGAUAAAGAACCUUUUUUACAGCUGCAGCACUUGCAAAGAAUUCUGCCUAUGCGCUCUUUCUGACUUGCUGUGUGACACCGGGCGCACUCCCUGUCCCCCUGUGCCUCUCGCUUUGCUACCUGUCAAGAUGAGGAGGGAUAGCUCACGCUCAGGGAUGGGGAAGCUUAAAUUACUUGUACUAAUAAAAUGCCAUGAACCCCUGAAGUGGGGAUGCAAUGCAAGUGUGUAAGAUGGCAUAAGCAAGCGGCCAAUUUUCCUUAUGAAACAGGAAGAGAUGUGAUUCCGAAGUAGGAAGGUCAGGAAAACUUGUUCCACAGGGCUGACUAUUUCACAUAAACAAAGAUAAAAAAAGGACACACAGAUAAAAUAAGCACAGACUGUGUGUAAAACAAACCUGUGCCAGCAGGUCUUGAGCCAAGCCUCCAUUGCUGACCUGCAAGCACUGAAGGACCAAAAGUUAAGGGAAAACGGAGUUUUCCAAGCGUAUACUUCUCCGCUAAAUACCUUUGGGCUGAAUCACCAUGAAAAGUUGCAGUAUUCAGAACUAUUUCAUGCAAAGAGUGGGACAUUUGAGCCAAAUAUAUCGGUUUGAGGUUGCAUCUCUGAAGGGAGGUUGUGUAACAAAGAGUUUGAUAAUUUGCCACCACAGUUUUGAAGAGCACUGAGCCCCGUGAUGUGCCAAGUUUCCUGUUUUUAAAACCUACAUUUUAAGUUUGUUAAUAUAGAAGUUGGGGAUUGAGAUCUCAGACGUAGAAUCUGUAAAUUGUCAUUUCAGCUUUCAGAAUUGCUGGAACUGAGCUGCAGCCCCUAUCCUCCACAAAGCAGGACCAUGCUUGGUUUCAGGGCUGGGCUAACAGCUUCUUGAUUUCUUGAUCACAAAUGAAGCAGGUAAACCCAAGCAAGCUACCUGAAAUCCUGUAUCUUCUCACGUUAGAACGAGUGGGCGCUGGAGGAGGCUCCUGGUCUGCAGCACCAUGCAGGAUCCCAAGCCUCACUCUGCAAGCCGGAGGUGAAUCCAGUUGAAAGCCAACUAUCGCAGUAGGUGUCAGGAUGACCAAAGCACGGCUCCUCCGUCUCUCUGUGGUGCUGGUGUCCAUCUUCAUGAUCCUCCUGAUCAUUGUGUACUGGGACAACGUGGGAACAGCUCACUUCUACCUGCAUACGUCCUUCUCCAGGCCUCACUCCCCAGGAGCCAUCCCUGGUAUCACAGCAGGUGAAGACUGGGAAGCCUUGCCAGAUGUGGAUGAAUUUUUGGCAAAGCUGCUUAGUUCAAGCCUGAAACAGAACAGCUCUAUUUCCCGAAAGACAGAGCAGCUACUUGUCCAGGGCUCCAGCAAGCCUGUGGUGAGCAAUUUGGAGGAGAACGUGCGGGGCUAUGACUGGUCUACGCACAAUGCCAGAAACAGCUUGGACCAAGAGAAACUGCAGAUAGAGAGGCAGAGAACGUUGCGGGAGUUUUGUGCCAAUUCCAGCUUCGCCUUCCCUACCAAGGAGCGAUCCUUUGAUGACAUCCCAAACUAUGAGCUCAACCACCUGAUCGUGGAUGACCGCCACGGCAUCAUCUACUGUUAUGUCCCAAAGGUGGCCUGCACCAACUGGAAACGGGUGAUGAUUGUGCUAAGCGAGAGCCUGCUGGACCAGGGGGUCCCCUACCGGAACCCUUUGGAUAUCCCGCGAGAACACGUCCACAACACCAGCACCCACUUGACCUUCAAUAAAUUCUGGCGCCGUUACGGGAAGUUCUCUCGGCACCUCAUGAAGAUCAAGCUGAAGAAGUACACUAAGUUCCUCUUUGUACGAGACCCUUUUGUCCGCCUCAUCUCUGCCUUUCGCAGCAAAUUUGAGCUGGAGAAUGAGGAGUUCUACCGGCGUUUUGCCAUCCCUAUGCUAAAGCUGUACUCCAACCAUACCAACCUUCCCACUUCCGUUAGUGAGGCCUUCGGGGCAGGCCUCAAAGUCUCCUUUUCUGACUUCAUCCAGUACUUACUGGAUCCCAGGACAGAGAAGAUGGCCCCUUUCAAUGAGCACUGGAGGCAGGUUUACCGGCUGUGCCAUCCGUGCCAGAUAGACUAUGAUUUCAUCGGAAAGCUGGAGACGCUGGAUGAGGAUGCUGCUUAUCUAUUGCAGCUCCUCAAAGUGGACAGGCUGCUUCGCUUCCCCCCCAGCUACCGGAACAGGACUGCCAGCAGCUGGGAGGAGGACUGGUUUGCCAAAAUCCCGCUGGCUUGGAGGCAGCAGCUCUACAAGCUUUAUGAAGCAGAUUUUGUACUCUUUGGCUACCCCAAACCAGAAAACUUGCUUAAAGACUAAAAGCGAUGGGGCGGUGGGUAUGGGAGGGGAAACCUGAAAUACCAAAAAGAUUUAAAGCCUCCUCAUUUUUGCUCUUAACUCCCUUCCCCAUACAGGUUGGUACAACGGAAUAUAUUUUUUCUACUGCUUCCCCUUCCGUUUUUGCAAUAAUGCCAGAGUCCAGGGUAUUCCAGCCAGCUGUGCAUAUGCAAAAAAUGCCAGGAUUUUUUUUAAUCAUUUGUUUUCUGGGUUUUCUUUUUUUUAAAAUGUCCUCAUGUUUUGCAACGGGUCACUGCCCUUGGUCACUCUGCCAGCUGUGUCCUUCAGUAGCUUUUUAUUAAUACUUUUUUAAAAUUAAUAUAUUUAAGAUAUUUAAUACGACGUGUGUGUUGUGGCAAAGGAAGGGAAGGAAUAAAAAAAAAAAAA